UUCAAAGUGACCACAAAAGAGGGGAGGAUCUCUGUCUCUCGCUCGAGAUCUGAGGAUGGGAAAAGCUGCCCUGUUGCUCUUCUGCUGCCUCGUCAUUUCUCUGUCAGCCUCCCCACUCUACCCUGCGAUCAGGUUCGGACAGAGGGACACAUCCUUCCUGAUGACAUCAUCUUUGAAGAGUCCAGCAGAGCAGGAGAGGGACACAGGUCCUCCAGCGAGGCACACAGAGUUACGCAUCGGGCGCCAUGCUGAUGCCAUCUUCACCAACAGUUACAGGAAAGUCCUGAGCAAAAUAUCUGCUAGGAAGUUCCUCCAGACUAUCAUGGGCAAACGCCUGGGAGACAAGAGUGGAAGCUACGUGAAGCGUCGGGCGGACAUCUACGAAGGAAGCUACAAAGAAGACCUGACGUCGAUCCAGAGUCAACAGACGAUGUAUAGAGGCGCAUCAUGAGAGCAGCUUCAUCCUCUUCUGGCUCCACAUCUGUCGUCUCCAUCG